CUUUCACUGUUGCGAGGGGCUUCCACACUCCGCCGCCUUUCAUUCCCUCUCUCUUACGACUUGGCGCCUUGUCGCAAACACCGAGUUGCACUCGCGCGCGAUAUCCUUCCACCUCCUGGUCAUCACCUUCAUCCCGAGCGCACCAUUUCUCAGUGGCAGAUUUUCACCACCAUCCCUACCCAUCCACUGACGCAUGAGUCUGUCUCGAUUGCAGCCGGCAAGUUGCGACCAGAGUCGCUUCCGUAGCAGGGAAUCCCUCACACCAGCCAACUUCCUCCACCAGUCACGCGAGCAGUCGCAAAGCCGUUAGCCACACCUCGUUCACCCCCACGAUCCCUCCACGAACCCAACCCCGAACCCCCGACACACCACAAUCAUGUUCUUCGUCAAAUCCCUCGAGCACCGCAUAGACCUGCACCCCUCCUUCUUCAACAGCGAAGCCACGCGGUACAUUGAGCAAAAGCUCUUCCAGGAUGUCGAAGGCACCAACACCGGCACGAUGAUGAUCAUCGCCGUCAUCGGCAUUGACGAGAUCAGCGAGCCCAAGGUCGCGCCGGGCACGGGCUUCGCGCAAUUCAACGUCGCGUAUCGCGCGGUCGUGUGGCGGCCGUUUCGUGGGGAAGUGGUCGAUGGCGAGGUCAGCAGUGUGGUGAACAAUGGCUUCUUUGUGGAUGUUGGGGGGUUGAGUGUGUUUGUGAGCAAGGCGAUGAUUCCGCCGUCGAUGAAGUACAACGCCGAGGACUCGACGCCGAACUUUUCUGACGCGGAAGGUAUGACGGUGCAGCGGAACUCUCAGGUCCGGCUACGCAUCAAGGGCAUUCGCGGCGAGCUGGGCCAGAUGUUUGCCAUUGGUAGUAUUCGGGAGGACUAUCUGGGAACCCUCAUGCAAUGAACAUGGCUAUUCGAAUCCACGCCUUGCUCGAGUCGGAAGGACCAGGCAUACCUUUCGCUAUGGCGGCUGUACAAUGAUUUGUGGUUGUGUUGAAUUAGCGCGGCGUUGUUGUUUUGUGCACUGGACUGCGGAAAGUCAAAGAUACCCAAUAAACGAACGAAAUGGAAUCGCUUGCAUUCCCAGAUGUGGCACCACUCGCUCUUGAUGCAUAGAGACGUUGAAAAAGAUCCAAUUCGUACGUGAACAUAUCUAUGCAUGCCCUGGCCGUCCGCCCCGCUUCA